UUUUUUUUUUUUUUUUUGCAAAUUUUCUGUGUAAGCAUACAUUUGUUAAUAUAAUAUAAUGGAAUAUUUUAUUUUAUUGAGGGCCGGUUUCACAGACAGGGCUUAGGCUAAGCCAGGAUUAUUUUAUUUCAUUUCAUUUUAUUUUGAAUCGGAUGUAGCAGUUUAAUUAAGUCCAGCAUGAAUAAUCGGCACAAAUCAACCGCACAGUCAGACCACUGGGCAUUGCUUAGAAAUAUCUUCUCAGAAUUUAUAGGUAAUUGUAAUAACAGGUGUAUGUUUGUGUGGUCUGAAACAGUGAAUAAUAAACUAUAAUUAGCUAAUAUCAAACACUUCCAUCUUUAUUAACAAUAACUGGCACUUAUCCUGAUGACUGUCCGUUAUAAACAUGAAAUUCUUUGCGGUAAUAACAAUUUUUACCACUAGGCAUAGCGCUCAUAAAUGGAAUUAUCCAAAACGUCUUUUGCUGAGUAAUGAACUAUCAGGCCACCCCAUGAUUGGGCGUAACAGGGUCAAAGUCAGCAACACUGGAAGAUGUGUACCCCAGAGGUUUACAAUUCAGGAUCCAUUCCACUUCAAUAAGUACAGUCAGGAGCACCUCCUCAGUUACCGUCUGUGAGCCGAUGGUGAUGGUGAUGGUGAUACUGAUACGAAGGGCAUUUUUUUACAGAGUGAAUCUCUCCUUCCCAGGAACCACCAAAGUGUGGGGCAUUUGGUGGGUUGAAGUGGAUACUGUUGCAGUUGAAGGCUAAGGGAUGCAAAGGCCUUUUGAAGUUCUCUUUUCCCACCAUGAACAUUUGUGCCCUGGUCUGAGAGUAAUUCACAAGGCCUACCAUGACAGGCUACAAACCGCCUCAAGGCCAUUAGGAAAGAAUCAGUAUAUAUAGAAGUAAGCAGGUCGAGGUAAACACAUCUUGUGGUGAGGCACUUAAAGAUUAUCCCCCAUCUCUUCUCACAGCAUCUGCCAAUUUUGAUAUGAAAUGGUCCAAAACAGCCCAUGCCAGUACUAUAGAAAGGUGGUUUCUGAAGUCUCAGUCUGCCUGGUGGUAGAUCUGCCAUCUUUGGAAUGACUUCUUGUGACAUUCUUUGCAUAGAUGUUGCUGCUUACAGAUAGCUUCACGUCCUCUUAGUACCCAAAAGAUUUUCCUUAUUUCUGCAAAUACUCUCUCUGGUCCAGGGUGGCAGAGCUUGUUAUCAUAGUCUUUUAUUAGUAGUUUGGUGACUAUGUGGUGAGGAUCUAGCACUAUAGAGUGGAUAACUGAUGGCUUCAAUUUUUCUGCAUGACAUAGACGACCACCAACUCGGAUGACCUGGUAAGACUCAUCAUAUUCUGGUGCCAAUGUUAACAGCUGACUGGUUGAGUGUAUGGAUCUCUUUGCUUUGAGCUUUGCUUCGAGUCUAUACUCCUCGGGGAAACUUGUGAUUUCGGGAAGAGGAGCAUUUCUGUGGCCUGGUAAUCCGCUGCCGAUGGUUGUUCAGUGGUUUUAUCUAUUGCUUCUAUAAGAUCACUCCAGGAAGUAUAGUUAGCGGGGGACAGGAAUGUUAGUGGCAAUAGUUUCAUAAUACCACAGAAAAUUCCCUUUCGCUGUUCAGUUUUAUCCAUAGGAGCUUGUAUAGGAGUGACUGGCCAUUCCGGUUCAGGUCUGAGUAAAUAUGAUGGACCUUGGCUCCACUUGUUGGGUAGAUUAUUGACUUCUGAUUAGUAUCAGCCUCAGACAUCAUCCCCACGGACCGUUGGCUGAACGUCUGAUGCAUAUGGUACACUUAACUGGAAAAACUUCAGGAUUUUCGAAGUCGUCAUCUGGUUGUUUGAAUUCUACAGGAUGUCCAGGAGACGUGUGUGUCAUGUUCUUUAAUGGUCCACCUGGAAACAAAUGCCAUGAUGCCAAACACCCUUGUGGAAGAAGAAUGCCAUCGCGUUUACAACUGUAACAAUGAGCGCUUAUCAGGAUUAAAACGCUGGAUGCCACGUCACAGGGUUUGCUGGUGGCCCAUAAUGUUUAGAAUGGGAAGAAACAGCAGGCAUUAAAGGAGUAGAAGUUGUCAUUUCUGUCUUAACCUGCCAUGAGACCUCUUGGUUUCUGAAGGGUUCAAGCGUGUUUGAAGGAACAUGAGUUACAAAUAAAGCUGUGUGGGUCAUGACUCUGGGCUGGGGAUGGAACAAGGUGAGUCUCAAUAUCUGUAGCAUCAAUACGCUCUUUACUCAGUGGGGUAGGAAGUCCGCGUGAGGCUAGUACUGGAUGGAUUUGAGGGGCUGUUCUUGGAACAGGUUUCUCUGCUUCUCUGUAGACAGUUCUAGGCGAGGGUAAUGGAGGUGUUGGGGCUAAGGGCUGUUGCUUAGGAAGUGGAGAAGCUGAACUUGGGUGGUUUCUCAUUAGUAUCUCUUGCAUACCUUUCUGGAUCUCCAACAGUUGUCUUAAUUGUUUGCUGUCCUUGACAAAGCUGUCUGUUCUCUCUAUCAAGGUCAUGCAAUUAUUUCCUGGAUUCCCAGGGUAUGGAAUAGGUCUCCCUCUGUGGAGAAUACUCAUCUCUCUCACUCCACUGGUCUUUUAUGAGAUAAUAGGGCUCUUUUGCUGGGACUCUUGCAUCAAACAAAUCAGGUGUUUUGCUGCCAGGUCCCUCAUCUGUACUAUGAUGGCUGAAAUUGUGCCAGUGUGCCAUCCUUCUAUCACAGUGCUGGUAAUCUUCUUGCCCAUGUGGCUGCUGUGCCACCAGAUAAGAUUUAGUUUAGAUUUGGAUACUGAACAAAUUCUUCCAAGUAGGCUGGAUGAAGGACUGAACAUUUAGGAUGUAAUAGCUAAUAACGAUAUAUAAUUAUUACAAAACAGAUCUAUACACUAUUCAAACAUACAUUUACACAUUGGAAGUAUCAAUUAAUGAGCAUUAUUAUACUGAACUCAAGGGUAUUUGAAAUCAACAUCUUAGGCUAGAUGCUAGGAUAGUCAUCAUCAAUCCUCGAACGAACAAGCUCGCAAUGUCUUAAUUAUUCAUCGUAUUUGACAUUAAAUAGAAAACACUCAUUAAAGGACUUACAUGUUAUCAUCGACACACAACUUAAACAUAUCAACUUCAACCAUGUAAAAGUUAAGUUCAGUCCAUAUGCUAGAGAACCCACACGGUAUCUACUGCGGUCGGCUCAUCAGAAGUGACUGAUGUAAUGUAGUAACCAUAUUCCAUAGCCAAACAUUUUUUAUUCACACACAAAACAGUAUUGUCUAGUAUCUAGGAUUUUGGCAACCAUGUCAUUUCAUUAUGCUGAAUCGCUACAAUGACAGUUACUGUUACGUCAAAUAUGACAGUAUGCAAGUCACAAAUUACACAUGCGUCCAAAAAGAUGUGAGAUUGUUGUUCACUUAGGUCUACGUUCCAAGGCCUUUGUGAGACAGAACUAAUUUAAAGUCUCCAGUUCAGAGUUCAAAUGGCUCCGUCUGCUCCCCAAGAAGACCCCAACCUAAUCGAGGAGCCGUAAUCUUUUUACACACUCGUUUAGGUCAACAGAGAGUGCUCUGUCAGUGGGACUAAGACACCAAUUUAAUGCCAACAGAGUAUUAAGGAGGAUUCUUGGUUCACAGAGAUCAUCUCCUCAUCAGACUACACUACACACUGUCUGCUGGAUAUUCAUCUUUUGAGUUUAAACAAACCAAUUAGAGAAGAGUUACAUCAACCGAGUCAAGAUAAGGCAUGUUAAACUUCUUCAAAUCUAUUGUUUUGUGUCAAAAGUCCGGUGGGUUCAAACAAAACAAUGCUUUUCCCAAUUAAAAGGUCACUUUAUUGUGGUUACAUGUUUAUGAGCAAUCUGACCACCUGUUAUGCUUGUGGCUCCAAUGAAAGACCCUCCGCCGUGGUGAGGAGACUAUAAGAAAGAUGGGUUUAAGAUGGCAUGUGCUGCUGUCUGGCUUUUGUGUGUGACCUUGCACUGCUUAAGACUUUAAUAAGAUAGAUACACAAAUCAAAAGAAAAAAGCAAAUCACUGACUUCAGCCCUCUAAUUACCAGUAAAUCACACAGGGGUCACUAAUUAGGCAGAGCUGGAUCCAGAGAGCAGCCACCAUAUGGCACCGGUGUCGUUGUCGGGGCCCAUGCGGCUCCCACAGCCUCACAAGCAGCUAAUUGUUUUCUUUCCCUUCUCCCCCUCUUUUCAUUUGAGGUCUUUGUUAUCUUGAGAGAACACGUUUUAUGGUAGGCUAAGCCGCUUAGCUGAUUUGAAGUGGGUGCUAGUGGAUGCUAGCGGGGGUACAGGAGCAGACUGGACUUCUGCUGAAGUGAUGCGUGUUUGUGCUCUGAAAUUUAGAGAGAGUUAACAUUUGUUGAUCUGAGAGUAGCUGUUUGGUCAUAAAAAAGACAAUCUGUCUCAUAGUGUAAAUGCUGUAGUACGAGUUACGAAGAAAAAUGUAAAAUGUAAAACUAUGUAUUUUAAUAAAAUAUUCAUGGGUGUAUUUAUUUUAUAAUUAUAUUUCAUAUAGAAGUGUAUAAAAAUGUAAAGUAAUACAAAUAUGAAGGUGCAAUGUGCAUGGUACAAAAAUACAUACAUAAAACAUUUGAUAGUAUUACAUUUAUUUUUCUUAAAAUGUUUAAAAAUGUAUUCAUUGUUUAUGUAAAUUAAACAUGAUUAUAUAACACUUGACAUCAGUUGAGUAUAUCAUAUCAUAAGUCCGUAACAAUGUUGUAAGUAUACAAAAACUUUAAAUAAAAAAACUGCAUAAAUAAAUAAUACACACAACAAAUAUGAACAAAAACAUGAAAGUUCAAGUGUGUGUGGAAUAUAUUACAUGCUAUUAAUAUUUUAUUUUUAAUGUUUUUAUCAUCACAUCUUUUGAAAUGGAACAUUUUGAAAUUGAAUAUUUGUAUUUACAAAAAAAUUGUUUCACCAUGACUAUUUAAGUUUAAGUUAAAAUGUAAUGUUUAAAAAAAGAAAAAAAAAAAAAAAAAGAAUUGCAGACCAAUUACAACACCAAAAACUUACUUUCCCUUAUAAAUUCACAUAAAUGUUAACCUAAAAUAUUGAUUUGUUUUUUGUAUUUAAAAAAAAAAAAAAAAAAAAAAAAAGACAUAAACAUAGACAUAAAAAAUGUUAUUUGAAUUUCAGUGUCCUUAUAGGCAAACAUUCCACAGUCAAUCAUUGUUGGACAUCAUUUUUUUUUAGUAAAAACAAGAUUUAAAUCCAGCAGAUUUGGCUAACUGGAGCCAAUAGAGAUUAGCAUUGCCUCAUCAUUACUGGAGGACAGUUGAGGAUUAAACAAUGAUGAAAUACCACAAAACUUUAUGGAAGAAUCCCCUAGCAGAUGUUCCCUACAGCAUGUGUACUGUACAAAUAUCAUUCAUUUAAAAAAAAAAACAAAAAAAACAAGAUAGUAAUUACACAUCAAAAAUUAUAGAUACAGAUAGACAUUAGAAUUCCUUCAUGUCUCGUGUCCUGUGUAGUCAAAAGUGAGCAAUGCCUUUUUGGAUCACUGAUCAUAACAAAAACAGGCGUUGACCCAUGAAAUCAAUAUUGAUUCCUGAAACUUAGAAACCACUGGUAGCCAAGUCAACCACAUAAAAAAGAAAAAAAUCAAUCAAUAGCUGAGUACUGAAAGUUUUGGAGGUGUGAUGCUAACGAAGUCUUCAUUCAUCAAUUUUGAGGGGAAACCCUCAAAAGAGAAGAGAUGAGAGCAUGAGAGAGAGAGAGAGCUGGAUGGAUGGAGAGUUAUGACUCAACCCCAAUCCUUUUGUUUAUUCGUCUCUCUCCACACUUGUUGUGGAUGGAGCUAAUACUGAGUGUGACUGAUUGAUCCACCCCUAGAUGGACAGUAAAGAUUAAGAGGAUGACAAAUAGGCACUUGCUUACACAGCGCUUGCUGCUAAUCCCUUUGUCUUCCUUUAGGGAGCCCACGGUAGCCUCAGAGUCACUCACUGUCCGGCAUCGCUAGACUCACCAGGAGGAGGUGACAGACCACACUUCACUUUACAAAAGCAAUAGACAAGAACUUCUACAGGACAGAGAUACCCAGAGUAAAGUACGGACCAUCAGGAUAGAGACCUUGAAGGAACUUGAAGAAACAUCUAACAUUCUCAAGGCUGGACAGAUCUUUUUGAGGACCCUCUAGGAUUCCAAUUAAUCCACCUGGAACAGACAUUUUGAUCUCAAAAGCCAGAUCCUUCUAAGGGUACACUUCAGGAGCAACUUGUGUGAACUUCUACAGUACAUUGAAUGGAGGAUCCAAUGUCAGAAAUGUCGAUGGUACAAUUUGUAUCACCAUCAGAGUCUUCCAGGAGCAACUCUACAGAUGACAGUCAAGAGGGUGAGUAAUUGCUUCUUCAUUUUAGCUUGUAGUGGACAUGCAACAAGUGGCAAUGACCUUUCCAACUUCUGGUAUUCUUGAAUUUUAGUUUGAAUAUUUUAACGAAAGUCCUACAAUACUGUAUUCUAAAGCAAGGUUUAUAUAGACAAAAUCUGGACACUUUGCCCUAUACCUCAACUAAUAUGAAAUGCCAGUUGACUCCUAAUAAUUGGAUUGGAAAUUGGCAAUUCUGACCUGGACUAACAAAUAAUUGUUUCCUUGCUUUCCCAGGUAAAAGCCCCGCUCCUGGCAAGGUCCUGAACUCAGGACUUCUUUGUAAAGUGUGUUCUGACACCAGCAGUGGGAAACACUAUGGGAUAUAUGCUUGCAAUGGUUGCAGUGGCUUUUUCAAGCGCAGUGUGAGGCGCAGACUCAUUUACAGGUGAGAAAACACCUUACAUAUUUAAAGUUUGGAGCAGAGAAAAUUGAAGGUAGAACCUAUAAAACUGGUGCAAUAACAUAAAUUAAGAUUCUGAUAUUAAAAUUUACAGAUGUCAAGCUGGUACAGGCAUGUGUCCUGUGGAUAAAGCCCACAGGAAUCAGUGCCAGGCUUGUCGCUUAAAGAAAUGCCUUCAAGCUGGCAUGAACAAGGAUGCUGUUCAGAAUGAACGUCAGCCCCGCAGCACCGCACAAGUCAGGUUAGACGCAUUGGAUGUGGACAAGGACAAGGAGCACCUCGCCACCACCUUGGAGCCCACAUCCUCAUCCACCUGCUCUGUUAUCAACCGCCCAAUGCUGGGCUCCUCCAUCAGCUCCAGCAUCAGCUCCACAGAUGCUAGCCAACACAACAGCCCCAAGAACGGACAUCGCUUCAUGGCCAGCCUGAUGACGGCCGAGACCUGCGCCAAGCUGGAACCAGAGGAUGUGGAUGAGAACAUUGAUGUGACCAGUAAUGAACCUGAAAGGAGUUCUCCGGAGUAUGGCAGUGCUCUCUACCCCUCACGCGGCCCUGAGAGUGUAUAUGAGACUUCAGCCCGCUUACUCUUCAUGUCUGUGAAAUGGGCCAAGAAUUUGCCAGUGUUUUCCCAUCUACCUUUCAGAGACCAGGUGAUUCUACUUGAGGAAGCGUGGAGUGAGCUAUUUCUUCUGUGUGCAAUUCAGUGGUCACUACCUCUGGACAACUGCCCCCUGCUUUCCCUGCCUGACCUCUCACCCCCGGGACAGGGCAAGGGAAGCCCCUCUGCCUCAGACCUGAGGGUCCUGCAAGAAGUGUUUAGCCGCUUCAAGCCCCUGCAAGUGGAUCCAACUGAGUUUGCAUGCUUGAAAGCCAUUGUUUUGUUUAAACCAGAAACACGAGGACUUAAAGACCCAGAACAGGUGGAGAAUCUACAAGAUCAGUCCCAAGUGCUGCUAGCUCAACAUAUCCACACUCUUUACCCCAGUCAAGUCGCCAGGUUUGGCAGACUAUUACUUCUCCUUCCAUCUCUUCACUUUGUGAGUUCAGAAAGGAUCGAGCACCUUUUCUUCCAAAGAACCAUCGGGAACACGCCUAUGGAAAAACUGCUGUGUGACAUGUUCAAAAACUGAAGAGCUUUUCUGAAAGACUGUUUGUAGAGGAGCAAAAUCCUCUAGACUUCAGGUGCUUUGCUUUACUGCCAUGCUAGUUACAGUGCUAUGCCAAUGAAUCUGCCUGAAUGCUAAAAAAGCACAAAUGUAUUUAUACUUUUGCAUAGGUUGCUUAUUUUGUCUCAUUAUGUCUUAUUUUAUGUCUCUUUUUUGUGUUACUGUAGUUUUUAUACUCAUAAUAAUGCUCAUAAGUCUAUGCAUCCUCAUUAUGGGACACAGCCUGGUUAUGUAUAUAAUGCAAAUUGCCUUCCAAGGCCAUUAUAAUGCAAGAUUAUUUAGAAUAUGAUUGGUAUACGUUGGAAGAUAUGUCUCAUUGUAGGACUUAUAAAUAAAAUUUAUUUUUGAUCUUCUUGAAUUUUUUUUUAUUUACAGAAAUCAAUCUAUCUAUCUAUCUAUCUAACCCCCGCCUCGAUUAUUUCCGCAGCGAUAUUACAGACGUGUUAAACAUCACUGUAGUAAUAUGUCUGUAUUAUGUAACACGUAGCCUUUUAUUAAAAAAUGUUAAUUAACUGAAUAUUUCAAAGUGAUUUCCAUCAUUUUGACUGGCAAUAUAUAUUGUAUUUACCUGCUUUAGAAACAUUCCAGUAAACUAAACUGCUAUGGAUUAGAAGUGAAAAGGGGAAUUAGCCUACAUUUUAAAUCAUCCUUCUGAAAACAUUUGGGGAUUUGGGUAGAAAACGAGAGAUUCUUAGUGCAGUCCAGUGAAUUAUUAAUGGGAUAUAUCAUAAAUUAAAUUGGGAGAGCAGACCACAAAUCCACAGAAUAUGCUGUCGUUUUCAUACUGUUACAGCGGAAUACAAAGGGAAAAAAUAAUGCAGCGACUGAAAUGAGUUCUUUAAGGUAUUCUUGUUAUACUGCGUCACAUUAAAAUACCAAGCAUUACAUUAUUCUCUUGAAGUCUGAACAUGAGAACAUGAAAGACAUUUUACAGCUCUUUCAGGCAAACUGACGAAUAAUGAUUAUUUGUAGCGCAACCUUAUGAUUUUAAAUGAUUUGUUUAAGUCUUUUUAAGUGGAACUUCCCUAAACGCAGUAUUCUUGUUGGGAAAAAGGUGGAUACACUAGAAUUGAUACUGAAAACAAUAUAAUUUUCCAUACUAAUAAAAAAAGAUGAUAU